AUGGCCUCGACCAGUGCUCCCGCAGUCGCAUGCCGCGUCGCGCCGGCGCGCGCAACGACCUCGGUUCUUCCCGCACACUCGCUGCCGGGCUGCAGGGCUGCGGUGGUGUGGCGGUGCUGGGUCGCGAGGAGGGGGAGACGGAGGCGGUGGGCGGGGCUGCGGGCAAGGUGCCGCAUAAGCUGCGACGGCAGCCAGCCGUCAGCCGUGCAGCCAGAUUCCGAGAGCUCUGGGGAGGGAUUGGUGGCGGAGGAGGACGGGCCGCGGCGGCCGCCGUUCGACAUCAACCUCGCCGUCGUGCUCGCCGGGUUCGCGUUUGAAGCCUACACCAGUCCGCCGGCAGAUGUGGGCUGGCGCGAAACUGAUGCGGCUGACUGUCAGACAGUGUUCCUGUCCGAUGUUUUUCUCCGUGAAGUAUACGAUGGACAGCUAGUCGUCAGGCUGAAGAAAGGCAUAAACCUUCCUGCAAUGGAUCCAUGGGGUACAAGUGAUCCUUAUGUAAUUUUACAACUGAAUGGCCAAACUGCAAAAAGCCAAAUUAAAUGGGCGACAAAGGAGCCAACAUGGAAUGAGGAUUUCACAUUUAACAUUAAAAAAAAUCUCGAGAAAAUCUUCUUCAGGGAAGGCCCAUUAAUCUUCCUCUGUCUUGGCAAAGAAACUGCUGCAUGCUAUAAGUACCUAGGGCAUGUAGUGAUAUUGGACUCGCUCCAGGUUGCAGCUUGGGAUGCAAACCUUGUUACCCCACACAAACGCAUGGGAAAUGCUGGAUUAUACCUUGAAUCACUUUGUGAUGGUAACAAUCAUGGUGUUACUGUUGAAUUAGAAGGCCUUGGUGGUGGUGGAACUAUUGAGAUAGAGGUCAAAUACAAGAGUUAUGAUGAUAUCGAGCGUGAAAAACAAUGGUGGAGAAUACCUUUUGUGUCUGACUUUCUUGUGAAGAGCAGCCUGGGAUCUGCUCUUAGAAUGGUUCUUGGAUCUGAAAGUAUAAAUGCAAGUCAGUUUGUGAAGUCUGCAUUUGGGCAACUAAAUUCUUUCACUUACACCUACCUUCCAAAGCCAUCAUCAUUGGAAAGUGGAGCUGAGGUUUCUAAAAAUGAUGAAGAAUCCUCAGAUGGCCCAACUAAUUCAAAUGAGCUUCAACAGCAGAAUAUUGAUUCUGAAGACAUUUCAGAUUCUCAUUCUCAUAGUGAAGCUCGAUCUCCUGCUGCAACUGUUAACAGUGAAGGAGAUGCAUCAUCCGAUAUGAAGGAAUCGGAUGAAUACUUUUGGAGAGCUCUGAACAAUGUACUCAACCAAAAUGUACUACAGAACUUUGGAUUUUCUCUUCCCGAGGUCAAGCAAUUGGAUGGAUUUGACCUAUUAAGUUCACUUGGUCUGAAAUCACGCGAAAUUGCUGAACGGGAAUAUUUAGAAUCUGGACUUGCAAUGGCAGAUACUUCAACAAGUGAUGGCAGUCAAACAACUCCUGAAAACACAGUUGGUGUUGAGAAUGAAAAUGGAACAUUGACAACCAAAGAGGAGGUGCAAUCUUCCUUUCCAGACAUAAAUAAAGUAUCUCGGGAUGUAUUGUCUCAAACAGAAAAUAUACUCGGAGCUCUGAUGAUACUUUCUAAAAACUUCUCACCACAUGAUCAGUCAGUAACGACAACUGAAACAAAUGGCAAAGAUGAUAUGAUUAGAGAGCAGCAAGGUGCUUCAGCUGCAGAUUCUGUUCAAAAGGAUGAUGCUGUCGCAUCUACCAUACUGUCCAUUGAUGCACAGAAAGCAGAGGAUAUGGAGCCUGUUUGCAAGUGCAGAGACUGCCAUGGAGGCAUGGGCUAUGCUUGCCACUUCUUCACUGGGGACGUAACAGUUUCAUCAAAUCGGACUUUGAAAAGAUAUGUUUUCUUGACAAUGUUUCAACAGACACACAAACUAAACCCUGAGAGGCUGGGUGGUGACUUCAAACAAGAAGUUCAAGUUCACAGUGGAUUCUUAGGUGCAUAUGACUCUGUUAGGAACAGGAUCAUGACUCUCAUCAAAUAUGCCGUUGGAUUCCAGGAUGAAGAAGAUGCAGAAACCAUACCUAGUUGGCAUGUUUAUGUGACUGGACACAGUUUAGGUGGAGCACUAGCAACCCUUCUUGCUCUUGAACUUUCAUCAAGUCAAAUGUCCAAGAAUGGUGUCAUAUUUGUGACAAUGUACAAUUUUGGCUCUCCUAGAGUGGGAAAUAGAAGAUUCGCUGAAGUAUACAAUUCGAAAGUAAAGGACAGCUGGAGAAUUGUCAACCACAAAGAUAUCAUUCCAACAGUACCACGUCUUAUGGGCUAUUGCCAUGUGGAAGCACCAGUUUAUCUUAAAUUUGGAGAUGCAAAAGAUGCACCGGUAAAUAAUAACAUUCUAGAUGAUGAAGACCAAGGUGACGUGAUAGGGGAGUACACACCUGAUGUUCUUGUUACUGAAUUUAUGAAAGGCGAGAAGCAACUUGUGGAAAAACUACUGCAAACAGAAAUAAAUCUACUCCGCUCAAUCAGGGAUGGUUCGGCUCUUAUGCAGCACAUGGAAGACUUCUACUAUGUCACCCUUCUUGAGAAUGUGAGAUCAAGGUAUCAAGUGGGAGAUGGUGCCAAUGAUGAAUACCGCCAAUUGACAGCGUGA